AUGUCUGCGCCCCAGAAUCAGCCGAAAAAGAUCAGGAUCACUGUCGUCGCCGCUGAUGGCCUCUCCAAGCGCGAGGUUUUCCGACUUCCUGACCCUUUCGCAGUGAUUACCGUCGACGCGGAGCAGACUCACACGACGAGCGUCAUCAAGAAGACCCUCAACCCCUACUGGAAUGAGAGUUUUGACAUGCACGAUUCAUCUGUGAUUGCCGUCCAGAUAUUCGAUCAACGAAAGUUUAAAAAGCGGGACCAAGGGUUCUUGGGUGUAGUCAAUGUUCGCGUCAGUGACGUCUUAGACCUCGACCUGGGUGGUCAUGAAAUGCUUACACUGGACCUCAAGAAAUCUAACGACAAUUUAGUUGUCCAUGGCAAGCUCAUCAUUUAUCUUUCCACCAAUGUCAGCCAGCCCAUUAGCAAUCCGGGCCCGUCUCAAGUGAACAACAUUUCUGAGGCACUGUCUGGGCUUUCAGUUAGCUCUGGCACAACUUCUGCUACUGCGAGCACUAACAAUCUAGCCGCCAACAACAAUUCCCUCUCCAGGAGCCCGAGCGCUCAAGCUGUAGCGCCAGACGCAGGCGCACAUGUUUCGAUGCCUACACCACAAAUUGCUGCUAGUCCAUCUGGUCCUGACACUGAACAAUCGUCGACCCCAAUACUGCCCCCUGCUACCACACGCCCAGUUAGUACAGGCAGCGUGAACGCUGCCACGGGUACUGCGCAACCAGGCUCUGCUACCAAUGCCAGCGUGACCGGACACACGGCCUCCAAUAACAAUGCGCAGCUGCGCAACUUCAAUCCCCACGAGGAUCAAUACGGUCCGCUUCCCCCUGGCUGGGAGCGUAGGAUCGAUCCCCUCGGGCGCACCUACUAUGUCGAUCAUAACACUCGCAGCACAACAUGGAACCGGCCAUCGUCGAGUCAGACUGCCAACACUCACGCACAGGACGGCGUCACUAACGCGGCGCGCGACCAACACAAUCGUCGUAUUCUUGUAGACGAUAUGCUUGAGGCGAACAAUUCAAAUGUGGCGCGUAACUCUUCGGCCCAGGCCAACACCGCUGCUGCUGCGCUUGCCGCGAGCAAUAAUGUGACCACGUCGGGCGCAGGGCCCCUUCCCGCAGGCUGGGAGGAACGAUACACGCCAGAGGGGCGACCGUACUACGUCGACCAUAACACUCGCACCACGACAUGGGUGGAUCCGCGUCGCCAGACAAUCAUCCGUGUCAUGGGUCCCAAUGGACAAGGCACCGGCCUGCAGUCACAGUCGAUAUCUCAGCUUGGACCGCUACCCUCUGGAUGGGAAAUGCGUCUCACGUCCACCGCGCGUGUCUACUUUGUUGAUCAUAACACGAAGACGACAACAUGGGACGACCCUCGCCUGCCUACAUCGCUGGAUGCAAACGUACCGCAAUACAAGCGCGAUUUCCGCCGAAAGCUUAUCUACUUCAGGAGUCAGCCGGCCAUGCGCGCACAGCCUGGUAAUUGCCAGAUCAAAGUCAGGCGUAACCACAUCUUUGAGGACAGUUACGCCGAGAUCAUGAGGCAGACACCAAGUGACUUGAAGAAGCGGCUCAUGAUUAAGUUCGAUGGUGAAGAUGGUUUGGACUACGGAGGUCUCUCGAGGGAAUUCUUCUUCUUGCUCUCGCACGAGAUGUUCAACCCAUUCUACUGUCUGUUUGAGUAUUCUGCACACGACAACUAUACUCUACAGAUCAACCCUGCGUCUGGCGUCAACCCUGAACAUCUGAACUACUUCAAGUUCAUCGGUCGGUGUCUCGGACUCGGCAUCUUCCACCGUCGUUUCCUCGAUGCCUACUUCAUUACCGCCUUCUACAAGAUGAUUCUCAAGAAGAAAGUUACCCUUGCCGACCUCGAGAGUGUGGAUGCUGAACUCCACCGUGGUUUGACUUGGAUGCUUGACAACGACAUCACCGAUGUCAUUGAUGAGACGUUCACUACAACGGAGGAACGCUUUGGCGAGAUGGUCACGGUUGAAUUGAAGCCUGGAGGCGCCGAUGUUCCUGUUACAGAAGAUAACAAGAAGGAAUACGUCGACUGUGUCGUCGAAUACCGUAUCUCUCGGCGUGUCAAGGAGCAGUUCGAGGCGUUCAUGUCUGGGUUUAGUGAGCUCAUCCCUCAGGACCUGAUCAACGUCUUCGAUGAACGCGAGCUCGAGCUGCUUAUUGGCGGUAUGUCUGAGAUCGACGUCGACGACUGGAGUAAGUAUACCGACUAUCGUGGAUAUGAGGUCAACGACGAGGUUGUCCAGUGGUUCUGGAAGUGCAUUCGUAGUUGGCCACCCGAACGCAAGUCGCGUCUCUUGCAGUUCGCGACGGGUACAUCUCGUAUCCCUGUCAACGGCUUCAAAGACUUGCAGGGCUCGGAUGGGCCACGUCGGUUCACGAUCGAGAAGUCUGGUGACCCAAGCCAACUGCCGAAGAGCCACACAUGCUUCAACCGUAUCGACUUGCCACCCUACAGGGAUUACGAAACGUUGGAACAGAAAUUGACACUAGCCGUAGAGGAAACGGUUGGAUUCGGACAAGAAUAG